CGUCGCGCGCGACAGCAGGAACAGACCGCCCACCGCCAUCACCACCGACACCGCAUCGCGACUGGCCGAACGACUUGCGCGACGCCAGCGAGCACGUCGUGUGCACUGCAUCAGUCCUGUGAGAUUGCCAUCCACACUGGUCUUGCGCAUCGCGGGCCACAGCACCUCAGACUGCACGUUGGAACAGAUUGCUAACCUUUCACCUCCAUCCACGGGCGCGCAUAGGGUCUCACUGGCACGGCGCGCGAAAAGCGGCCAGAGAACGGGGCAGCCAUGAGUCGACGUUCGCCAUCCCUCUCCGACGGCGAAGUCAGCGGAGGCGGGGACGGGGAGAAGGUCACAAAGAACACAUCGUACCGCACAAGCACCAGUGUUAACAGCUCAGCCAGACAAUCGACGUCUUCAUCUCGGCCUUCGCACCUUGUCGGACGCCAGGCGUUGAUGCAUGAUUCAAACGCGCAUUUCAAUGGUUUUGGCAGAGAUCGUUCUAGGUCGCCCUACAGAAGAAAAGAUCGUUCGCGCUCGCGCUCGCGCUCGCCAUACAGAGCCGACCGCGAUAGCACUCGUGAGAAGCGACGGAACCACGAUGAUCACUAUGGCAAAGGCAGUAGUGACUCGAGACGACACAAAACCACAUCUCCGAAAGAUAGACGAGACGCACGCGUCCGAGCCGCCCCGCGCGAUCGCAGUCGCUCACCGUAUCGUGCAGAAGCAUCCAAGGGCAGUGCUACAGUAGCCGAUCAGGCUGGUGCUGGGUCCAAGGUGGACGGUAAGCAGCGAAGCAGCGUCUCAUUUGCGCAACCCGGUGCCUCUUCACUUGCAGCCACUGUUGCCGCUGCGAAUGUGGAGAAUGAAGAGGCUGCGGAGCCCGUCAAGCAGUUAACGGAAGCGGAGCUGAUCGAAGAACGACGAAAGAAGCGUGAAGCGAUCAGGAAGAAGCACGCGGCAGCCUCGGCGAAUGAUUCUCUCCUACGCUCGACGCUCGAAUCGAACCUGCCGUCAGCGGCCACGACACCUUACAAUGAAAGUAGCGGUCAUGGGUCAGUACCCCAGUCACCGCCAAGCUCCCUCAACUCCCCUCGUACUCCGAUGGAGCCUUCCUUUCCAGGAUCGCCAGCAUCGCCUGGGUCACCUGCUAUUGCUGAUGUAGACCUUGCGAACCCAAUCCACCUUGAGGCGAGUGAAGAACACGGACAAUCUGCCGCUGAUUACGACCCAAAUCACGACAUGAACGAAGAUCGGCCCGAUCACAAAAAUGCAACGCAGAAUCAGCAGACCUCCACAGAGCCACCAGCACCACCCCAAAAGCCUGCUGGCGAUUUCGACAUGUUUGCGGACGAUGAUGACGAUAUGUUCGCUGCCGAUGAUGCACCAUUGGUAAAUAAUGCCCCCCAAAAAGCCAAGGCGCUUGACGAGAGCUUGCUGGACAAUUGGGAUUACCCUGAUGGGCAUUAUCGUAUCAUCAAUGGCGAGUUGCUGGAUGGGCGGUAUGCCGUUGAGCAGCAAAUUGGUAAAGGUACGUUCGCGACUGUAGUCAGGGCGACAGAUGCGCAAACUGGCAAGAAGGUGGCCAUCAAGAUUGCAUGCCGCAACGAUACCAUGUUCAAGGCUGGCCAGAAGGAAAUGCAGUUUCUCAAUCGACUGAACGAAGCGGACAAAGACGACAGGAGGUGCAUCAUUCGGCUUCUGGCAGAUUUCAUGCACAAAGGUCACCUAUGUCUGGUCUUCGAGGGACUCGAGAUGGAUCUUCGGGAAACGCUGAAGAAGUUCGGCAGAGACGUGGGCAUCAACCCCGAAGCAAUUCAGAUUUACGCGCGACAGAUGUUCCUCGCCCUGCAGCACAUGAAGCACCAGGAAGUGCUGCAUGCCGAUUUGAAGCCAGACAACAUUCUAGUGAGCAGCGACAACAAGCUCGUCAAGAUUUGUGACUUCGGCACUGCCACUCUGCACCAAGAUGCCGAGCUCACCCCAUAUCUUGUGUCGCGGUUCUAUCGCGCUCCAGAAGUGAUCAUGGGCAUGGACUUUGACUACGCUAUUGACAUGUGGUCAAUUGGCUGCACGCUGUACGAGCUAUACACUGGACGGAUCCUGUUCAAUGGUGCAGACAACAACAACAUGCUACGAGUCAUCCAAGAGUGCCGUGGGAAACUUCCUAAUCGGCUGAUCAAGAAGUCACAGCUUGCCGGUAAAUAUUUUGACGAGAAUUUUGUCUUUCACGCAGAACAGAAGGACCCGAUGACCCACAACAUUGUGGCAAAGCCAAUGCACUUUCAUCAGGGCAGCACUGCCAAAGAUCUGAAAUCGAGAUUGAGUGCCAACACCAAGAAAAUGGACGCUACCCAGCUCAAGCUCCACAAUGCCUUUCUCGAUCUGCUGGACAAGUGCCUACAGCUUGAUCCUGAGAAGCGAAUCAAGCCCAGCGAUGCCCUCAAGCACCCGUUUGUCACGCGCGAGACGAAUGCCCCGGUCAAGGCCACGACGAAGACAGCUUUACCCAAAGGGUUUCGUCCAGCCGUCAUGCAGCGUGCUGGGUGAUUGGAGGAGAUGCGAGACACAACGAUACUUGCAUACACAACCGCACCCAUUCCGCGGCGCCGUAGGGAGUGAGUACUCGCGAUUGAGUGCGCGGCCACGCCUGCAUCUCUCCAGGACAGGCAAGCUUCACUCACGAGCAGGCUUCUCAUUGUUGAUCAGAUGAUUUAGCCUCACAUUUUGGGCUGUAACAUCGACACAGGCUCGAUGGGAGAUUUCAUCCGCGAAGCACAAGACACAACAUGUGGCGCAAAUCGGGAAAGCGAUUUGCAAAGUAGGAUGGAGAGCACGGUUUGAGUGGGGAUCAACAUAGUCCUUUGUCAGAAGUGUUGCAGUAUACAUAGAACAGUGGGCCAGAACACGAUGCAUCCGGACAGAGGCAGGCAGGAGGGAGGUCGACAGCAAGUGCGUGAACCAUGGGAGGUCGAGAGCUGUGCGAUCUUGUGCAGUCGGAGGUCCGAUACAUACGCACGACAUGCAAAACAAUGGUACAGAAAUUCACAUCG